GCCGCAGGGGAAGCCCCGGGACCCUAAAGAGCCCGGCGGGAUCAAGCCGGGGAGCCAGCAGCUUCUCCGGCUGACGCGUCUCUCUAAGAGUCUGGACUCAGUGUCGGAUUUCAGCGUCCUUCGGGCGAAACCCACGCGUCCGGGUGACAAUCUUGCCUUCCUGCCUCGUCACGUCGGCCACCCACCGUCUCGCCUGCCGGGGGAAAUGGGGCUGCGGCCCCUGGAGACACCCCCGAAGUCACGGCCUGCCCCUCGGCCCUGCCUACCCCGCAGGAUCGAUGCUCCACUCCAGCAACCUGGGGCCAGGGACAGGAGGGAGGCAGGGGGCACCAGGGCCUCUGGGGGGGCCCACAGGGCUGCAGUGGGGGUCAUGGGGCCCCCAUGUGGGGGGCAGAACGGCAACAGUGACAUGGAGUGGAAAAUCAAAGAGGUGGAGGAGAAGGUCCAUGGGGUGACGGUGGAGGAGUGUCGCGAGGCGCUGAGGCUGCACGGCUGGGAUACCCAGAGAGCCAUCGAGACGCUGAAGGUUGACCAGCUGUUCCACAUCAGCCCACACUCCCGGGUCGAGUGCCGGCGCAUCCUGGAGAAGCAUCGCUGGAACCUGGCCAUGGCCUCGCGCUACGUCCUGAGCCGUGGCCUCCGGGCCUGAAGGGGGCAACGUCCCGCCCACCCCAGCAGGGCCCAGUGACGGCCUCUGCUUCCCGCCUCCGCCUGGCCUCGACCUUCCGGCCUCCCAGAGCUGGGGAGAGAACCCAGGAGUCCUGGCUCCCAACCCCCCCUGCUCUAACCCACCAGCCCCCACUCCCCUCCCAGAGCUGGGGAGAGAACCCAGGAGUCCUGGCUCCCAACCUCCCUUGCUCCAACGCACCAA